UUCCUCCCGCCCCUCCUCUGAAAAAGCUCCUCAAUGUAAAACAUUCCCAAGUUACAUCAAGAGGAGCGCACAACGGAUUACACCAAAAGACAGUGCGUAACUCCAGUCACAUGAUAAAACAUGUAUGAAUUCACAGAGAGAAGUGCAUUUUAGUCUGUUUUAAGGUUUUAUUCAGGGAAUCGUAACUCAAACUUCAUAUUUCAACAAGUUUAAGUCGUGCGUAAAAUUUGGCUGAGAUGGUGCCAAGUGCGUUAGCGAAGAUAAUGCCUCUUCUGUCGUGGGGUUACUGCGUGUUAGCCUCACAUGUGGCUUUUUCCAACUUUUCGUUGGACAACGACGUGCGCUCCAGCUUCAUCCAGAGGCGGAUGCGGAGCCAGGAGCGCAGGGAGAUGCAGCGGGAAAUCCUCUCCAUCCUGGGGCUGCCGCACCGUCCGCGGCCGCAUGUGCGCACCAAGCACAACGCCGCCCCGAUGUACAUGUUGGACCUGUACAACACCAUCUCCACCGACACACAUCUGCCCGGAUACUCUUACUAUAAACCGGCUUUAGCCACCCAGACUUCCCCCGUGGUCACCCCGCAGGACAGCCGCUUCUUGGAUGACGCAGAUAUGGUGAUGAGCUUUGUCAACCUCGUUGAACAGGAUGAGCAUCUUCAUUACCAGCAGCACCGAAGGGAAUUCAGAUUUGAUCUCUCCCGUAUUCCAGAGGGAGAGGCUGUCACUGCAGCAGAGUUCAGGGUUUACAAAGAUUUCAUUCAGGAACGCUGUGAAAAUGAAACAUUCACAGUCAGUGUCUACCAGGUCCUGGAGGAGCCUCCAAACAGUGAAAUGGAGCUGAUGCUGCUGGACCAGCGUGAGGUGUGGGCGUCAGAGGAGGGAUGGAUGACCUUUGACCUGACAGCCACCAGUAACCUGUGGCUGGUCAGACCUGAACAGAACCUGGGUCUGCACCUGGUCCUGGAGGACAGCCAUGGACAGAGGAGGAACCCACGCCUCGCAGGGCUGGUGGCGGGCGGAGGGUCCCAGGACAAGCAGCCCUUCAUGGUCGCCUUCUUUAGAGCCAAUGAGGUGCGUUUACGGAGCAUUCGUUCCGCCCACAAGGGGCGCCACGGUAAUCGCUCCAAAUCCCAGAAGACAGCCCAAGAUGCACUCAAAGCAGUGGAGGCAGCAACAGAUAAUCUUGGGUUCUCUAAACACGGAUGUCAAAAGCAUGAGCUGUACGUCAGCUUUAGAGACUUAGGAUGGCAGGAUUGGAUCAUUGCACCAGAGGGAUAUGCAGCGUAUUACUGUGAGGGAGAAUGUGCCUUUCCUCUCAACUCCUACAUGAAUGCCACUAAUCAUGCUAUUGUGCAAACUCUGGUGCACUUUAUCAACCCGGAGACGGUGCCUAAGCCCUGCUGUGCCCCAACACAGCUCCAUGGCAUCUCUGUGCUCUACUUUGACGACAGCUCCAAUGUUAUCCUUAAGAAAUACCGCAACAUGGUGGUGAGAGCCUGUGGCUGUCACUGACCUCCCAACCCCACCUAGAGAAGUCUUUAAAUCCAGUGGGACACUUAAGAAAGUUAAAAGUUGAUGAACCAGAGAUGAGAUGAUUGACUGCCUGGUCACCAGGGAGCUGCUGCCACAGGGCCAGCUUUAAUCUGGUGUGUUUUUAUGGUCAGCAGCUGAGCCGCCCAUGCAGUAUUAACCACUACCACAGUCCAGUACAUUGAUAUAGAGUGAUUUGCCGCAGAGAACUAUUGAACACAGGCUAUUGUCCAUUGUUUUUGCUUCUUUGUGUGGCUAGAAAAUGCACUAAAAGUAUGUGCAGUUACCUCAGAGACUCGACCAAACAGUAAUUGCUCGGAAGAUCAUGUAACACAUACAAUAUCUGCAUUAGAAUUCAGUUUUAGAGGGCGCUAUGAUAUGAAAUGCAGCCACAGUGGAGAUGUGCAACUGAUAACGGAUUUCACAGUUCAUUAACUGUGAAAUACCAUUUUGCUGUUGUACCGCUGUACCUUGUGUGGUGGAGCAGCUGCAUGAACCUUUGUUCUGAUGAGAGAGAGAAAAAACCUCUGUAUUCUCAAACAGACUUUGCUGGUUUUGUUCUCAUCAGACAAACAAGGUCAGGUUUAAGACAUCUGAAGCUUGUCCUUGUGUUGCUGAUGUUGAACUCGGUGAGGAAUGACAGCCCAGACGGUUAAUAACUGUGUGUGACUGAAAGGUUCGGCCACUGGGCCUAAUUUCCUGGUGCAGAUAUAUACAGUAUAUUACUGUACCCGUGCAAGGCAUCUGGUCUGCAGGACAACAGCGAUUAAUUUUCAUGAGACAGACAUCAGAAUUUGCACCAUCACCUCUCUGCAGCUGUAUCAGCUCAGAGCUGCAGGUACGCAACUUGAGACCGUAAGUCAUUUUACUUUUUUCUUUCUUUUUUUGUUUUUUAAAGAAUAAAGCA